CAUCACUUUCGUAUGUCACACUUUGUCUUUAUUCUUAAACUUUAAAAACUGGAUGGAACUAGGUUAGAAUGCGAUGCGUGGAAAUAACAGGUCGUUAGUAUUUAGGGCAACCAAAUGUUUGAUUCUUGCGCAGUCCCAUACUAGGUACAAAAACACAUGAUACCGCUAAGGCUGAUUAGAAUCGAAUCGUAUAAAAAGAGUGUCAAAAUGACUCAACCAAAAACAAGCGAGGCAAUCCGAAGCUCUGUAAGGUCCUCGUUGAUCGCAAGAGAUGAAGAUGUCAAUGGAUCCGGACCCGAAUCUCUCAAGGCAAGAACACGCGCCAUCCGAGCCGGCAAUGUGAUCACAUCCCUGGGAGGGCCUGGUGACGCACAGCAGACCAUGGCCGGCGCACGCAAGGCUCGAGCCCAGGAGAGGGAGGAUAUGUCCGCCAUGAACAACCUCUUUGCCUCCUACAUCGAGAAGAUGCGCUCAUUCCAACAACGGAACUGCGCGCUGGAGGCACAGGUGCUGAAGCUCCAGGCGACGGAGACGACCGCAAACACGAAGGCGCUUUACGAGAAGGAGACCAGAGACCUGCGCGCACUGGUGGACGAGCUGUCAGAGGAAAAGGCCAAAAUGGUUCUGGAGAGAAACCAAUGGCGAGAACAGGCAGAGGAGUACAAAAGAAAGUGGGAGGAUGAGGCGGAAUGGCAUGCCGAGCUGAAUACUGAAGUUGCAAAGCUCAAUAAAGACGUGUAUGCUGCAACGCAAGUACAUUUGGACCUGCAGAAUAAGAUUACUACGAUAAAGGAAGAGAUGGAUUUCAUGAUGAUGGUGCACAAGCAUGAACUGAAGCCACUUCAGGACCAGUUGAACGAGAGUCUGUCCAUUUCCGCCAUGGAUCGGACUCAAGAAGCCGGACCAAACAUCAUUGCUAAGCUGUACCAGCUGCGCCAGCUGUAUGAAGACUUCUGCCGGGACAUUCAGGAGGAAGCAGAGGCCAAGUACAAAGAGAAGUUCACCGAGCUUGCGCUCGAGCGUGAGCGGGACAACAUGACGAUGCUGGCCGCCAGGAGUGAGCUCAUCACCUCCCAAAAGGAGGUGUCCGAUCUUCGAGAACAGCUCAACACCUUGAUGACCAGCACUGAGACGCUGAAACACGAGAGCUCGUCUUCUUCAUCUAUCAACGUCCAGCAAGUAACGAUCACUUCUCAGACAGUCAUGUAAACCAGUACACACUACAGACCAACGCCACUACCUCACACCGGGUAGGCCAUCCUGAUCCUUGCAACAUUGGACAUCACCAGAGAAGUAAGAAUGUGCCGAACACGUAACGAAAGACUCCUGACAGCGCUCUCGUGGUGGACUUUGUGUUGCAGUUUCACUGAAAAUCAUCUUGUUAGUUGACUUGUGUAAUCUUCUUUUGGUCACACACCAGUAUUCCACUGGAAGGAUAACUAUAGGAUUGUAAUUAUGUCACACUAAAGUUGCUUUAUUUGACGUGCACUGUUUUGUAAUGUAAUAAUCUUAUACUGCUGUUCCUGUCAUUUUGCGAUUACUUUUUUAAUUUGUUUUUGAAGAAAAAAAUCAAUAAAACAUCAAAAUGCUUAUAGCUACGUCUCAUUUUUAUAUGAUUUUCCAUAGUUGAAAAAUGUCAGCUAACUUUUACAUGUAGCUGCAUAUUGUAAAGAAUCACUGUGGCAGACAAUACAGUAAAAAUAAAUGUUAGUUUCAUAACACAGACAUGAUUUUAGUUGAAUGAAA